AAUUUCUAGGGGGUGAUGCCUGCUUUAGUGACCACCAUCAGGCACCAUCAAUUCAUGGCUAAACUUGCACCAUCCACUCCAAAUCAGGAUCCAGAGAUGGUCUACAGGUUGCCAUUGGUUGGUAAAGGAGGUAAAAAUAGACGUAGGGGUAAGAAUGAGAAUGAAUCUGAAAAAAGAGAACUGGUAUUCAAAGAAGAUGGACAAGAAUAUGCUCAAGUAAUCAAAAUGUUGGGAAAUGGGCGCUUAGAAGCAAUGUGUUUUGAUGGUGUAAAGAGGUUGUGUCACAUCAGAGGGAAAUUGAGAAAAAAGGUUUGGAUAAAUACGUCAGAUAUAAUACUGGUGGGUCUACGAGAUUACCAGGACAAUAAAGCUGAUGUAAUUUUAAAAUACAAUGCAGAUGAAGCGAGAAGUUUGAAGGCGUAUGGCGAGCUUCCAGAGCAUGCUAAAAUCAAUGAAACUGAUACAUUUGGUCCUGGCGAUGACGAUGAAAUCCAGUUUGAUGACAUUGGAGAUGAUGAUGAAGACAUUGAUGAUAUCUAAAUUGACCUCGACAUUUUACAUUCCACCUUCUCUGAGGAUUGAUCAACAAUUUGGAUUUUGGCUGUUGCCUGUUAAAGAAGAUUAAAAUUAUCUUUAGUUUGAGUACAGUUUGUUAAAGCAGACUGAUUUGUUUCUAAGGUAUUUCUUUAAAAACUGGUAGUGCUAAAUUAAAGUAAAUUUUAAGCCCACUUCGUUCUUUGGUGUAAUGGAGCUUAUGGGUAAAAGAGCACAUCUACUAUUUUUCAAAAGAGGAAAAACUUCAUUACCUUUCCUACUUCGACCACUUCAGUAAGUAAAUGGAUGUUUUGAAUAAACCAUUUGCCCUAUACUUGUGGAUUAUGGUUAAGCCCUACUUUUGACUGGCCUGUCGACUGUACAGUGACUUUCUGUAUAUUUCAGUUACCUACAUGUCCCUUUGCGGUUUUGAUAAAAAUUAAGGGAGCAGAAAUUUUCAUUUGAAGUCAAAUGAUUAGGUCUCUUUCAUAUUUAAGUAUCAUGUGACUAUUUUUAUACUGAUUUUGAUAUUACAUAUUUCCUUUUCAUGACCUUAUUUUGCCACUAUAAACAUCAACAAAAAAAACGUUUCCAAGAUGCAGAUUUUAGAACCUGGGUUUUAAUAGCAAUUUUUAUUUGUAAGGUUAGUAGUUGCAGAGAUUGAACACUAGGUGGCACCCAGUUAUCUUAACAUCAGAAAUACUGAUAUAGUUGUCAACUUUUUUUAUUAACUUACUGUGCAUAGGAAAUUUCUCAACCAAGAAGAUUGUUUUGGUCAUGUGCAUGUAUGUGGAAUAUUUUUGCAGAACAAAGGAUUACAUUGUGUCAUUUUAUUUCAGAAGUCAUAUACAUGUGAGCUACAAAAUUUUGAAUGCUGUAUAAAUGAAAAUUAAUCCCGUAACAACUUACAUAAGUUGAAUGUUUUUCAAACUAUCCCAAAGCUGGGGAAAGAGGAGGGAAUAACAUUUAAUGAAAAAAAUGGUCUCCUAUUUCUGAAUGAAAAAGCUACAGUGGAGAAAUAUAAUAAAGACAAUGUCACAUUGCAAACUCUAUUAUACCUUACUUUGUGUUUAGGAUGUAUUUUAUUGUGGGUUCAGUUUUUUUUUUUUUUGGUUUAUAUGUUACUGAGAAUUUAGAUUCACCCUUCCUUAUUUAGUUUUUUGUUUAGCAACACUAGUAAAAUGAAAUUAAGGGGUGGACUAGUUAGACCUCACUAGUCACAUUGAAAUCAUAUGCAACUUUAAAAGAAGAGAUCCAUCAUGUAGCACGUGAAGAUUUUAUUCUGCUGGUCUUCAGAGAACUUUGCCGUGGUGAAAAGUAACAUAAAGGGGAAUAAACUUUCAUGUGGCUUCUAAGAAAACAUCUUAUCUCAUUCCAUGCUUAGUAUAAUUUCCUAAGUGCAAAUUCUGAAAUCAAAAUCUGGGGUUCUAUAAAACAUUUUUUAAAGAUUUUAUUUAUUUUUUAGAGGGGAAGGGAGGGAGAGAAACAUCAGUGUGUGGUUGCCUCUUGUGUGUCCCCUACUGGGGACCUGGACCACAACCCAGGCAUGUGCCCUACCUAGGAAUUGAACUGGUGACCCUUUGGUUUGCAGGCCUGGGCUCAACCCACUGAGCCACACCAGCCAGGGCCUAUAAAACAUUGUUAAAUCAAAGAAGAGAAAUUAAGGGUGAACAUUUGUGGUUCAUGUUUCUUAUUUGGUGUUACUGAACACUUACCUAGGUGGGAUGUAUGUGAGCCCAUGGGCUAGUUUUUAAUAUUUACAAGAAACCAGCCUCUAAGAAUUGUCAAUAGUUAACUCUUUGCCUGGGAUGCAGUUCAUGGUAGGGGUAGUGCAACAUCAGUUUUUCUACUUAACUCCUCUAAUAUGUUUUAUCUAAAGAUUCUUUAAAAAUUACAAUAGCCCUAAAUCUUCACGUGUUAGCUAGCGAUUUUUUUUUUCUUGCCUUGGUAGUAACAGCUCAAUAUAGUGCUGUUGCAUCCUGGAAAAUCAGAAAUAAUUAAAAUAGGUGAGGUAAAGUUGUGGCUCAUAUGCAUCACUACUUGGAAUUAUUUUACUAACUUGUCUUUAAUGUGGGAAUAAUACUGUUUUCAUUGAUUUCAUUCUAUUUCAAAUGAGGAAUGGAAGUAGUCCUUAAGGAAAUUUUGUUUUUGGGGUUUGGGAGGUUUUUUUUUUUUUUGGAUAUACUCUGAUUCCUAAAAUACAAAGCUAUAAAGUGUGUUGUGAGAAAAUAAAAUGUUUGAAAUCCAAGGAUAAUAGUUCUUACUGCUAAGAGGUGUAAUAGUUAAUUACUAAUGACUUUCAUAGGCUUGCUUUUUUCAUGUAGUGUUAAUUCCACUUCCAGUUAGAGUAUAAACAUGUUGUAUUACUAACUUGGCUAAAUAAUCAAACCAAGUGUUUGUGUAAAAAAAAAAAAGUGUUGCCAAGAUUUGACUGUUGAAUCUUCCUUGAACAUCCAGCCUCUUAAAGAGACUGCCUCUUACUAUGCAUGAUGAAAAUUCUUGUGUUAAGGAAUGGCCAUUGGUUAACUCACCGCAUCUGUGGUAUUGUGGCUAUAAAUAUAGUUGCUUACAAAACUCUUUGUGACUUGUGGUUUAACUUAGUUUCACCUAUGAUGUGUAAAUAUUAAAUUUUAGGAUGCUAUCAGUAUUGACUAAAGAGCAAACCAAGUAAUCAAUUAGGGAAAAGCAUGUUUCAAAUAAAAUACCUAGCUGGAUUUAUACUUUCUUGUAUUAUAUACAGAUUUAACAACAUUCACUAUUAACUGUGGCUUGACUGUUAAAGUAUCAGAAUGAAAGGAAGGUUCUUUAUGUUACCUGGCUGUCAUAAAGAUAAAAGAACUGUAUUGGUAUGAGAUGUUCAGAUCUUUAUCCUGCUUCACAAGAAGUUUCAUUUAUGUUGUUUGGACUCCCAUAAACUUUCACACACCAGUUUGUGUUUUUGAUUUACAUUAAACUACCAUCGUUUUUA